AUAAGAUGCCGUUACUGACACACAAGAACCAGCGGCGAAGCUGGAGAAACACACGUGGUGACGUUCCUGGUCAACAUGGGUAAAAGAAGACCGGGUAAACAAAUUUUCGCCGGUUUGUCUAAAAAACAGAAGAAACACUUGAAAGAGUUUGGUGAGGAGCACCCGUUCCAUGAUAUUGUCAGUGAAAGAUGUGAAAGAACUAAAAUAGUGGAACUGCCAGCGAGCCCAGAACAAUCCGAUCCUGAGCCUGAUGAACUGGAGGAAGACCAGGAGGAACCAGAGCAAAAGACUGCCUAUCAGAAACUUCUUUCAACUCUUAGCCGUCCUACCAGCAGUGACCUGAGUGAAGAGGAGGAAAGCAGUGACAAUGAAGAAGAAGAAAUGGAACUUUUUGAUGAAGGGAACAGUGAUGGAGUUGGGGAUGACAGUGAGGAUGGUGAUGAAGAUGCAGAGGAGGAACCUGAGGAUGGAGAUGAGCCUCUGACUGAAGCAGUGGAGGGGGAGGCAAAGCAGGAGGCAGGAGAUGAAGAGUUUAUAGACAAGGAGCACGAGUCCCAGUUCUGUUUGAUGAAGGAUAAGCAAGAGGAUAUUAAGAACACUGCUGAGCAUGAAGACAGCAAGGACAUGUUUUUACAACAUUUGAACACAGAGCUUGGUGAAGAGGAUGUGCAGACGAUAACAUCUGGCAGCAAAUCCAAGACUCAGAUCAUGUGGCCAAAAAUGGGAACUUUGCUCUGCACCAGUCCCCUGGAGAAGUUUGGUACUGUCAGCCCACAGAAAGAGACAAACCUCCCAGUUUUCCACAAGCUCUUGGACGCUCACUGGAAGGAUCUAAACCAGACCUCCAACCCUAAGGGAGUGGCUGAGAAAAUCAGCCCAGUCCAGCUGGAGUUGCUGGCCCUUAUGGGCUCCUACAAGGACUUGUAUUACCCAGAAGUUUGUCCUCUGAGCCAGGGCCCACACGUUCGUAGUGCUUACUGCCUCCAUGUGCUGAACCACAUUCUGAAGGCCAACUCCCAGGUCCUGGCUCACAAUGUCUUGAUUCUCGUUCCAUUCCGAGGCGGAGCUCUGCAAGUGGUCCAGACGUUCAUCAGCCUGCUGGAGACCAAAGGCAAGAAGGUGGUGGUCAGCAACAAGAAGAGAUUCAAGGAAGAGUUUGGAGAGGAUGCAGUUGACAAGCCAUCCAAUCUGCAGAGACCAGAGGAUUACCAUGCUAUCUUCUCAGGCAACGUGGAUGAUCACUUCAGGAUAGGUGUCGCCAUCGUGAGGAGCAGCAUGCGUCUCUAUGCCCCCUUCUACUCAUCAGACAUAAUCAUUGCAUCUCCACUGGGUCUCCGCACGCUGCUGGGAGCUGAAGGAGAAAGUAAGAGAGACUUCGACUUCCUCUCAUCCAUCGAGCUGCUGGUGGUGGACCAGGCUGAUGUUUUCCUCAUGCAGAACUGGGAACAUGUCCUGCACGUGAUGAUGCACAUGAACCUGCAGCCUCUGGACUCCCAUGGAGUGGACUUCUCUAGAGUAAGGAUGUGGAACCUGAACAACUGGGCCAGACACUACAGGCAGACACUGGUGUUCAGCUCCAUCCAGGACCCACAGAUCAACAGCAUCCUGACUAAGCACUGUGCCAACUACCGUGGACAGAUUACCACUAAGAACAUGCCAAAAACAGGUUCCAUCUGUCAGGUGCUGGUUCAGCUGCCUCAUGUGUUUCAGAUGUUCACCUCUGACAGUUUCAUGGACCAUGAUGCUCGGUUUCAGUUCUUUGUAGAUAAAGUGCUGCCUCAGUACAGGGACUCAGUUAUGUCCCACACUCUGAUCUACAUCCCAUCUUAUUUCAACUACAUCCGAUUGCGCAACUACAUGAAGAAAGAGGAGCUCAGCUUUGCCAGCAUCUGCGAGUAUUCCAGCAAGGCGGAGGUGUCUCGAGCCAGGCACUUCUUCCAGAAAGGGGAGAAACACUUCCUGCUCUUCACUGAACGUUUCCACUUCUACAAGAGAUAUACCAUUAAAGGGAUCCAGAGCCUGAUAUUCUAUGGAUUGCCCUCCUUCCCCCAUUUCUACAGUGAGAUAUGUAACAUGCUGGCAGCAGGGGGUCAGGGGGAGGAGGCCAGCUGGACCUGCACUGCCCUUUACUCCCGCUAUGAUGCUCACAAAUUGGCUGCCAUCACAGGAGCCCAGCGUGCUGGACAGAUGCUGCAGUCCCAUAAGACUGUUCACCUCUUUAUUACAGGAGGGGAAGGUGGAAGUCAUCCAGAAGCAUAAAGCCACAAAGUGAUGAGAAGCUGUAAAAACAUCACUCUCUGGUUGGACAUGUGUUUCCAGAGUCUUCAUACAGUUUAACUAUUUUGUUAUUUAAUGCAAAAGAUUUCACCCCCUCUGUGUUAUUUUAUAAGUGUAUAGCAAUACCAGUUCUGAAUUAGUAAAAUGUUCAUAUCAGUUUGUAUGAUUGUUAAUAUUGUGGCAUACACACUAUAAAA